AUGGCUUCAUCUCGAAGCGGGUCCCGUCUAUGGUUGUCGUUGCCGCUUCUCCCCCUUCUGCUGCUGCUGCUGCGGUGUCCAGGGCUGCUGGUCACGGCGGAGCAGGUCGCUGUGGUGGAGGUUUUUCUGGAGCAGCGGCCCGAUGUCAGCGCUUUGUUCGAGGGGGAGCUGGUGGAGGCCAGCGGGGGAAGCAGGAGCUCCGAGCACCGAGACGACGAGCAAGAGGAGCUGGAGGGGGAGCUGGUCCUGGUGAGUGUAUCAAAGGUGUAAUAUUAGGCGAAACCCGGUGUGGACCUUUAAUAAUCUGAAGACUGCUUAUGGCCACUCACAAGUGUUUUUGAUUAAAAGACAAUUAAGAAAAAGCAAAUGUCUCAAAAAUAUCUGCCAGAGCCAAAAUUAAUAACCUUAGUACUGUCCUCUACAGUAUCUAAUACACCUUAACUAACUGCAAAGUUUGAUCAAAUAAUCAAAAUGUGAUCAAAAAUGAAAAUGAAUAAAUAUCAAAAAAGGCAAAUAUCUCAUGCAUGAAGAGACAUUUCUGCAGCUGUAAAACUGUGUGAUUGUUUUGAAAGUUAUUUACACUCUAAUUUCUUUAAAAUAUCAGAAAGACUCAUUUUAAAUAUUGAAACUGAAAACUGUUAAUGUUUUAAUAAAAUAUACCUGAAAGUUUGAUCCCAGCAACACAUUUGUGGAAAAGCUGGGGAGAGAGGCGUGUUCACAAUCGUGUUGCAUAACAUCUUGGAGAAAAAAAAAAAAAAAAAAAAAAAAACAAUGUAAAGGAUUUGGACCAGAAGACAGCAGUUUCCGGGGUGUUAAGAGUGAAAUGUUGUCGCAUUGUUGUUUGAUAAAGGAUUUCAGCUGCUUACUAAUUCAGGGUACCCUUUGCUGUAUUUUAUAUUUUGCUCUGUAGCAAAUUAUUUUCAGGACUGUAGGCAGGCCAGUUUAGCACUUGGGGUCUUUCAUUAUUGAGCUCUGUCAUGUAAUAUGUGCAGAAUGUGGUUUGACAUUUGUCUCAUUGAAAUAUGCAAAGUCCUUUGUGGAAUGAGCUGAGACAGUUUGGUUUGAGUUUAUAAAGAAGUUGUAGGAAAAAGUGCAAAAAUCCCGUUGCAGCCACAGAUAAAAAGCCCAGUAAACAGCGGCGCUUCAUUAUUGCAUGCGCUGGAAAGACUUGAGCUGUUGGUGCAUGUUUAGACCCUCUCACAGCUCACUUCAUGGUAAUUAAAGUAUAAACUUAAAGCCUGCCCACAUUUCUCUCUCUGCCCUGUUUUCUGUCCGCAGGUUCAGGAUGAGGAGACACAAGUGAGCAGAGGAAAAGAUGAGGAUGACACCAAAGAGCAGGAGCCGUGGAUUGGACUGGUACCUGUGGAGAUGGACGACAGCAAACCCUCCACAGGAAACCAGGAGUCUUUUGCUGAUGCAAUGGUCAAUAAAGUGAGAAGUUUAUGUUGCCCUGAAUUUGCAAAUAUUUUGUAACAUUAUGGAUAUCUUCAAGCAAAUAUAGUAAUGUUAUCCUCUUUGUUAAAGAUGAAGCGAGCAUUGGUCCUUGGAGCAUCUGCCCUCAUCAUUCUGGCUCUCAACCAAAACACAGUCAGUGAGGUAAACCUUCACAGAGUAAAUGGUGUUUGCAACCUGGACUUUUGUUUUUCAAAAAAUUCAAUAUGGUGUUCAAAGUGUCUGAAUUGGAAAUAUCUUCCUCUUUCUGCGAUAGAUGGAUCUGUCUCAGGUGCUGUCCAAGCCCAUUAUUGUGAUCCAGACUUCUGAAAAUGUCACAAAGCUGAUCGGAGCUCUGCUCAGGUACAGAAUACAUAAUUAUCUUCUAUAGAAACGACUAAAAGGGUGUAAAAUGGAUUGGUGUUUGUAAAUGGUAUGGUUGACAAACAAUCAUAUUAAAUCAAAACAGUAAAAUGUUUUUUUUUCCAUGCUAGGUAGGUUAUAUCACCUGUUCCUCAGUUUGAAGCUAUGUAAAGUUUUACAGGGCUCAAUCUUGACUAGCCUGAUUUACACCAGCCCUCUUUAUCUCUGACCUGUCCAUCAACUGUAGUUUACACAGUUUAUCUGUUUAUGGUGUCUUUACUGUGAUCAGGGGCCUAUUCUACGAAGCAGUUCAACUGAGCGAGAUAGCCUUGGAGCUAUCUCGCUCAACUUAGCAGGGUAGCCAGCGGUCUCACUUUCUUUCUUUCUACAGGGGUCUUCAAGUGACAGCAAAAAUCACUUACAAGACGAUUCUGCAGGACAACCUGGUGAGCCCCUCACUCUUUCAGCUGUCAGUGUAUCUGAGUUAUUAGCGCCCUCUAGCGGCGAGUGAACAGAUGACAGGCUGACACAGAACAUGCUGCUGUGUGUUCGGGCAGGGAGCCACGCUCACACUGUGGUCCAGCUGCGGGCGGUCGAGAGGAGGACGGUACGGAGAGUGGCAGGGGGUCAUCUGCACAGGAGAGACCAACUCUCAGGUCCAGGUAGGGGUGCAGAACAAACUUCCCAACAGCACCAUUGUUAAGUUUCUUAAGAAGCUGAUGCAAGGUAGUACUGGAGAUUGACAAAAGAAUGACACUUUAUUUACAUGAACCACGAUGAUAAGAAAAUAUGAUUUCUUCUCUGCUUAUGCGUGAAUGUUUGUGUAGAAGUACCUGCAGCAGCUGUGGGAUACGGUCCUCCUGGUGGCUCUCAUCCUCUGCACAGGAGUCAUCGUUCAGGCUCGCUGGCAGUACCAGGACCAGCAGGUCCACGAUGAACUUCAGGUAAACUUUUGACAAAGUAACUGAUAGACUUAUAGGACUAGUCACAGUGCUGGGAAGUUAGUUCUAAUAUACGUAUAUCAGGUAAUGAAAGUAACAUGAUGUACCUCUUUGCUUUUUCCUUCACAGCUUCACCCCAAACAGGAUGUCCUGAAGAGGAUGUCGUCUUUAAAGACUAAAAUGUAUCGCCAACCCAAACGCUGGUGUGACCCUACCCAGUCAGCAGAGACCGACAACUGUGCUGUGUGUCUGGAACCAUUCAACAACAACCAGGUCAGCCAAUGACCCCACAAUCCCUGAGUCUCAGAUCUGUCUAUAUUUCCUAUCAGGCAAAGUAAGAAGCCUGGUCGAUCAGUUUUUCUCUGCUUUUGUUUUGUUUUCUGUUCGUAAAAAGCUCCACAGACUCUACAGAACAGGUGAUUCAGCAGUGAUGUCAGAUUUUCUGUCAGCAUCAUGUGUCGUUGUCUCCUCAGUGUCUGCGGGUGCUGCCGUGUCUUCAUGAGUACCACAGAGAGUGCGUGGACCCCUGGCUGCUACUGCAGCACACCUGUCCUCUGUGCAAACGCAGCAUCCUCAGUGAGUUCACAACACAGCAUCAGGAGCCAUCUCACAACAACAUUGACUCUCCUUCUCUCCUUGUUACCUUUUUGCUUUAAAGGGAUAUUCUGACGUAAUUUAAAGUUAUGGUUGAACACACGGUAACACUGAGUUAGACACCCCUUCAAAAGAUGAAUGUUUCCGACUGCUUGCUCCUCUUGUUAUACCAACUUUAGUAAUGACCGCACGAUAGCAAAACCCAGCGGUCUGAGGAGCCUCACACAAACCUCAACCAAAACGCCACUCUAUAGCCACAAAUAAUGCUCAGAACAGCACCUAACUUCAUCAAUAGUAUAGCGUACCAGCCAUAGUACUAGCCACCAAACGUCUUUUUAGCUUUGUCUGACUUCUUCAGCAAAGAGACUAAGCCACUUGUUUUUGGGGGAGCCCUGACGAGUUGAUCACCGAGUGCAGCAGAUCAUUUCCUUGAAGUAAUAACCAUCAUAAUAAUCAAUUUGCACUGCAGACGUGGUAGUUCUUCUGCCUUAGUGUCUCGGUCUGAUUGCAUUUCCAUGAAGAAAUGAUCAUAAAUGUUCUUCCUUAAGCUGCGAAACUCCACAGCACUUGGUGAUCAACUCAUCAGGGCUCCCCCACAAACAAGCGGCUGCUGGAAAAGAGUGGGUGAGUUGUGUUUAGUCCCUUUGCUGAAGAAAUCAGGCAAAGCUAAAAAGAUGUUUGGUGGCUAGAGCUAUGGCUGGGACCCUAUAUGUACUGUUGAUGAAGAUAGGUGUUGUUCUGAGCAUUAUUUGUGGCUAUAGAGUGGCUUUUUGGUUGAGGUUUGUUUAUGGAGACGUAAACUGCCGUGUAUUGCUAUUGUGCAGUCGUUACUAAAGUUGGUAUAACUAGAGAAGCAGCAGUCAGCAAAAAUUAUCUCUUGAGGGGGUGUCUAGCUUAAAUUUACGCUGGAAUAUCCCUUUUAGCUUCAAAAAUAUAUAAAGUGUCGUUUAAAUAUUUCUUUUUUCCUCUGCUCUCUCCAGGCAGCAUCUGCAAAGACAGUUAA